GGUACACGCCUCCCUGCACCUCGCUGGGAAUCACGGGGCGUUGGUGGAGAGACAUGACACACACAAGUCCGAACUGACUUCCAAAUUAAUCCCCGUACUAUUGUUCUUUAACGAGCAGCAGACAGCCUCCCUCCUGUCACCUGGAUAGACCUGAAAAACUGGUUCUCAAGUGGAUCCCAAUUACACCUCACCAUGGCUGAAUUUCCAUCCAAAGUCAGCACCCAGACCAGCACUCCCGAGGCGUCCGGAUCAAACGGCAUAAUGGGCUUCUUAAACCCCGACCUUGCCUUCCUGAGGUCCAUCCCAGGAAUCUUAAUGCUUGUAGAAAUCUGCCUGGGGCUCCUGAUGUGGGCGCUAGUGGCAGACAGCCCCCAUUUCUCUAUCCCACCCUACGAGUACGUGUUAUUUGUUGGCGUGUUCUGCUGGUUGGUAACCCUGAUCCUCUAUGUGAUGCUCAUCCUGCAACUACAGAGGAAAAUGACGUUCAUUCCCUGGAACUUAGUGUUGUUUAUAUAUAAUGUGGCAGCCUUACUGCUGUAUAUCACUGGGUUCUUUACCUGCGCUGCAUCCGUGGACCCAUGGUCAUAUAAAGGAACCUCGCCGUACAAUAAGAGAGCUGCUGCCUCGUUCUUUGGCUGUUUGGUGAUGAUCUCAUAUGGUGCGAGUGCCUUCUUCAGCUUUAUGGAGUGGAGAGGAUCUCCUGCUAACGCAGCCUCCGCACAGGCCUGAUCCUGGAUUUUAUUCAUCAUUACCACUUUUUACCGGUUUUUAAAAACUUCCACAAACUGAAUAUUAAUUGGAUCUGAUUUUGAUUCUGAAUUGGAUACCUGUGCGGGAUUACAAGACACUAUUAAAUAUAUUUACAUGUAUAAAUGUAAAUACACCUCUAUUUAUAAUGACACAAGCAGAAUGUGGAUAGCACCUAAAGUUCAGGAAUACUCCGGCAUGAAGAAGGAAGCUUAACGCGGGCCCUGGAAGACGCAGAGAUUAUCUGUACAUGGAAGGACUGAUGUAUAUUUCUCAAGGGGUCUCUAUGCUUCAGGUGUUACGAGUGCAUUGCCAAAUGCAGAAAUGGGAAUUGAGAAAAUCAAGUCGGUUUAAUAAAUUUUUCAAUAAUAUAA